AUGGCAAUACAAGCCGACCUCCAAGGUCUCCAAGAUCCUGCUUCUGCCCUCAAGACGUCCUCGUCAGGGCACUCACGCCCCCCUUCACCGGAGAGUGCCUCGCCCCUGUUCUUGUCAGCGCCCUCGUCUCCUUUGCCAUCAUGUCGACCGCAGGGACGCCUUGCAUUUACGCCGCCAGAGCGACCACCAGACCUGACUCGUCCCGCCCCCAAGAGACGAAGAGCCCUCCACGAUGUUGACGGCCCUCAUACGGGUUCCCUUGGCUGCAAGAAGCGCCGCCUACGUCGUCAUCUCAUCACCUCGAGGCUGUCGCGGCCGUACUCGUCGCCAGCCACCCACAUCUUGAACCGGGAGGCUGCAGCUGGAGCCAAACGCUUCCUCAAGAUGGCGGCGGCGGCGGCGGCCAGAAAGCUCACGACCGUCGUUGUGCCGACCCCGCCCCUUGCUGACUGGAGCUCGGGCCCGGCAGUGGCAGCCGCCCAGGUCGCCACCGUCGUCCCCGCGAACAGCAUCCACCACCUUGCGCCGGCAGAAAUGGUACGGCGGGCAGCCAUCAUGAACAGUUUCAGGAUCCGGGUGUGCGACGAGGCCCGCCAAAGAGGCGACAGGACUGACCUUCAGCUGACGGCCAGCGCUGCGCUGCUGAGGGCCGGGUCUGGUUUGCAUGGUGUAGGUUUUGUGGCGAAGCCGAAUGCCGCGAGGCAGCACACGCCUCUCAGCCCGUCAGCACAGGACCAAACCGGGCAUACAGGCCUCACGUCAAACAGGUCGACCAUGCUGUCCUCCCCGAGUGCUGCUCAGCCGCCGGUCACCACCAGCCCCCUGAGCUUUCCCUCGGCGACGAAAACCACUGGGGCGGCUGCCCGCUGGUCGCCGCCGAGCAGUCCCCCCAAGCACGCAGGGCCGCGGGGGGCGGGGCGGGCAUCACCGGGGCGAACAUCACCGGGGCUGAAGCCUCUGAGGUCGCCCGAGCUUUCGGCACUGCGCGGUCAUGCCGAUGGCGACGGGCUGGACGACGACGAGCUCAGCUUCCCGGCGACGGACUACUCGGAUGAUUUCCUGGAGAACGAGUCUGACGAGGUAUAUACUGACUUCGGCGCCAUCUUCGGUGGAGGAGAUUGCGUUGACGAGGCGGACGAGAGCGAAGGCACCGGCGACACUCAAGGGUCUGCUGGCGAGGGAGACGGAGGGCAUGGUGGCGACCACUUUGAGGACUACAUGGAUGACUUGGACGGUAUCCCAUGGGGUGCGAGGUGA